AUGGCCAGCAGCAGCCGCCGCCGCCCCCGACCCUCCUCGCCGUCGCCGGUAUCGGCGCAUCCGCUGGAAGACGACAACCUCCUCCACGAGAUCAUGCUCCGCCUCCCACCGCAACCACCCUAUCUCCUCCGCACCUCCAUCGUCUCCAAGCGCUGGCGACUCCUCGCCACCGACCCCAAGUUUCUCCGCGGCUUCCGUAUCCACCACCGGAAGCCUCCCCUCCUCGGCGUCUUCUCAUGUUCCUGCGGCCACAUUUCGUUCAGAUCCACUCUGGACCCGCCCUACCGCAUCCCUCCCGAGCGCUUCUCCCUGAGCCCACCUAUCAGAUCCAUUCAGAUGUGCCUCGACGUCCGCCACGGGCGCGUACUCAUCGACGACGGCAUGUGUAGUCGGGUCAUUGUGUGGGAUCCCAUAACCGACGACCGCCGCGUCGUGGCCUUUCCGCCGCAGCAAUGGACCCUGAGUUCUUAA